AUGCUGAAAUUUCGCAUUUCGUCUCUGAUCUUUGGCUUAUGCAUCACUUUGUCGCACCAAUCCGGUUUCAGCAGUCCCGAUUAUGUCGUGAAAUAUGCCACUGGACAGUACGAAAGCAACGUGUUGUGGUACGUUGGGGAGACUAGGGACGUCGUUUACGACAUCAGUGAUCUCGAUGGGUUCGACACAUACACCGUGGCACUAUGGCAGCAGAGCGUGACUGGCGGUGGUGCUGUUUUGGGUCCGGUGGCGAACAGCAUGGCCCUCCCAGAUGACCAGAGCUCUUUCACAUGGACGGUUAAGCUGUACAACUUUGACAUCGCUCUGUCUAAUGUCUUCUUUUUCUGGAUCUUCAAUGGCUCGUCAUCAAACCAGGGGGACAUGAGCGUGCCCAACGUGUCAUCAGCCUACUUCAACAUCACUACCGACGACCCACCGAAUCUUUCUUCCUCGACAAUCACCUCCACAACUGGCGGCAUCCGGCUCGCCUUCCACCGAACCCACAUCCGAAGUGUCAAAGCCUUCCUCUGCUGA